AUAUGGUUUACAUUAACUUUCCUGCUCGAUUAACAGACGAAGAAGAAAAGUUACGACAAAAAUAUGCUUUGCUACGUAAAAAGAAAAAAGUACUACAAGCUUUGAAAACAGCCAAACCAGAAAGGGAGCCACCAGCACAGCAACCAGCAAAAAGACCUGCUCCAGAAUCAGCUGAAGAUGCUAAAGAACAGGCAAAGAAAUUGUUGAAAUCGGGUGCAAUCAAAAUUGCUUCUGACAGUCAGGACAAACAUAGCUUCAAACGCUCCAAAUAUCUUGAAAAGAAACUCAAGGAUCCAGAAAAGACUCCAUCAGCCGUGGGUUUCCAGCCCUUCCAGGCAACACAUCCAGAGGAAGAGGAACGAGAGCCACGCCCAAGACAAAAAAUGAGAGCACUUUACGACAACUUUGUCAGUGGAGGUUUUGGUGAGAAGAAAGAACGUGAGAGUCGAGGAAAGGAGCCACCACCGCGAGGAAACACUAUCUAUGUCCAUGGACAUGGUGUAUCUGAGGAAAUACUGAGGAAAGCUUUCUCCAACUUGGGCAAUGUCAUCAAUGUCAACAUGGAGAAGGACAAGAAUGUUGGUUUUGUGACUUUUGAGAAAAUGGAAUCAGCAGAUUCAGCUAUAUCAGAAGUCAACAAUGCCAUGAUAGAUGGGGUACAGCUCCGUGUUUCCAUGGCAAGGAGACAACCUACAUUUGAGCAGGCUACUGAUCCAUCAACAACAUCAUGGUCUUCUAUAGCUGCAAGUUCAUCACAGAAGGGAUCCCACAAGGACAAACGAGCUAUGGUCAACUAUGACGAGCAAGACAUAUUUUGAUCAAGCUACAUGAGAGGUCAAAGGUCAACUGUGAUGAGCAAGACAUAUUCUUAUCAGGCUACAUGAGAGGUCAGAGGUUAUACAUCUCCAGAAUGCUGUUUAUUCAUGAGGUGCUUCAAUUCCAGGAUUCCAAAGACACUUUCAUUUGUAAACUUCUGAAGAGGAAGAACAUCACAAGCAUUCCUCCUUUGACCAAUGCUUUAGGAACUGUCAAUAGCUACAUUUCAUGGCUAAGCUGUUGUAGUUGUAAAGAGUAUUAUGUGGACGAUGGUCAAUACUUUCGGAGAUAUGACACAACUGUUGAUAGCCCCACAGCUUACAGGGUGUUACCAGUGUGUAUAGUUGUUUGGUUUCUCAAAGCCAUAAACAGGUUCAAGUCACUUGUUUUGUCAUCGUGUAUUGUGACAUGGCUUACAGUUUUGUACUACGUACCAAAUUUUGCAAAACUUGCGUUAAACUUUCAAUAAUUUGUAAGUCAGCUGGAAGUGGAAGUAGAACAUGCCACUGAUUUAUUUUUCAACAGGACAGUUAAAACCUUCUGUGGGUUGAUAAUGUCAUAAAAAAUAAAUACAUAAAUGAAACAAACACAA